AUGCUGGUGAACUCUUCCCAGCAUGCAGUGGGCCAGCGUGCUCAGCUGCUGCUCCCUGCGCUCAGCGAGAAUGACACUCACUGCGUCCAAUUCAGUUACUUCCUGUAUAGUCGCGACGGCCACAGCCCCGGAGCGCUCAACGCAUACGUGCGCGUUAACGGGGGCCCCCUGGGAAACCCUGUGUGGAACGCAUCAGGCGCCCAUAGCAAGCAGUGGCACCAGGCUGAGCUCGCCGUCAGCACCUUCUGGCCCAAUGAGUACCAGGUGCUGAUCGAAGCCACCGUUUCCCGGGAGCGAAAAGGCUACAUUGCUCUUGACGACAUCAUGGUGGUCAACUAUCCCUGCUGUAAGUGCCACGUCUCACAAUGA